AUGCAACUUCGAAGCAGCAUUCGUCCACCGAAGCGCUUCAACCAAGACCAGUUCUACAGUCCAUGUACACAGAAAUCUUUACGUGCACCACAAAAUCAAGAAAACCAGGACUGCAUUCAUAGCACUCAGUUCGAUCCCAACCUACCUCCGGCAGCGUUUCCGACGCUAGAUCAUUCGUCUCCCCUCAGCCUACGCCAUAAAGAAACGGAAAAUUGGAAUGAGCAAGAGGAAGACCCCUCCAAGCGCCCCAGGAAGCAGGAGAAAGGUGAUGAAAAGACCGAGGACAAGCGUGUGGGGGAGGCAAAUACAGGCGUACAGAUCAGACCCUUAGAAUCAGGAGAAAAUUGUUUCUUAAGCAAUGGGGACCUUAACCCAGUCUACAGGAGAAAUAUGACCAUUCUUGCUAAUAUUGGCCGGGAGUCGUCAAUUGAAAGAUAUCUAAUGGACAGCGAUGUGGAUGAGAUCAUGGCCGAUGCCCCUGGCGAGGAGAAUAUAGAGACUUCUUCGGCACCACCUCCUUCCCGACCACGAGAAUGGGGCGACCUUUCCCCAAGAAUUCAAGUUGAGAUCAUCGACAAUAUGCUCCAAGAAUUCAACUGGCCAACCGUAUGCCAUUUACUGGGGCUAACGGUAGGGGAGCGUGAGGAAAUUCAGCAGAAUAUUCGCCAGUGGGAUCAGCAAGCUAGGAAGGAAGAUCUACAAUUGGAAGAUAUGAGAGAAAGGCAACUGAGGGCACUCCUGCGAGUCGACAAUACUAUACGUGGACAUAAUCGUGUUCCUCACCAGGGUAUCUUCAGCAAAAUCUCUCGUCAGAUUUCCGGCAAACUACAGGAUAAUCUCAACUCGGACAUUUUAUUAUGCCAGGCAAGUGAGCUGCUAGAUGCCGAAUUGUUUCUGCGCACGCGUGGACUCGACCGCAAGUAUGCAGGAGAAUGGGGUAAUGGUACGUCUGCUUGGCAGGCACUCGAAGACCAUGACAUUGAGCCGUGUCUAGAUGGUGACCAGAGAACCCAGCAACGCGUUGUGGACAGUGCAACGAUUAAUGCAGAUGUACCGGCAGGGGAGGAUACAAACAUCAAUGUGCCUGACCCGAAUGAUAACUGCACGUUACAGGCGGAAAUAAUGGCGGCAUACUGUCCGAACUCUGAGAGGAACAAGUACCUACACAAGUUCCGUUUUAACAAGCCCCGGCAAUGCCACAAAGAUAGUCAACCCAGACAAAAGGUAGUGUAUCAUGACCCUCGCGGGAGUGAACCGUGUCGCCUGAGUGUUGGCGCGGAGAAAGCUGCUCAUGUUUGUGAUAUGAGAUGGAGAUAUUCCAAACUGGCAUUGAAACCCUGGGAAAUGCCUCUGACGAGUCUCUCCAUUAACGAGCCACGACCACUCCUUGGAACGUUUUAUAAUAGCCACGGCAACAAAACCAACGCCAGGAAUUCUCAUAAUGCAGCCUUCGUUCCUCUGACCAGGUUUUCUUAUGAAAACAUAACCGACAGGCGUGCAGCCGAAACCGCCUUUUCUUCGAGGCUUGACCCACGACACGGAACUUCAGCAUCGGAAGUACGUAAAGGGAUACCUCCCAAGCCAAGCAGUGACAACACGUAUGUUACAUUAUCCGAUUCAGGGAGAGCCUCUAGCCCCAUUAUCUGGACCCCCAAAGCCACCCCAGACACAGCAGUAUCUACCACAAGCUCAGAGUGUCUUCCCACAGAUGAGAACAAACAAUCACCACGUGUAAGCAGAGCAUUGCAGCCCCCACUGGAAGCAAGGAAGGACCUCAGAGAAUCAGUCGACGAGGAUUCUGGUCAUGAGGUGCCAAGCGAAGACCCGAGGCCUGGAACACCCCCGAAACGUUCAGUUGAAUCAUCAGUCUCCAAAGAAGACAUAGUGCACGCACCGGAUAAAACGAGCGAUGGGGAUGACAACAGUGAGGAUAGCCACGACGACGACUAUGAUGAGGUCGUACUCCUACCUGUAUAG